AAAAGCACAUCUCUUUAUUAGCUGAUUUCACAUUAUAUUUUCCUUUUUUCUUCUGUGCACUGACUUUUCUGUAUUUUGCUCAAGACUUAUCCGGAUUUUGGGGUCUGCUGUAUUGCCACCGUCUUCAAUCUCUACAAACCCUAACCUUCGGAUCAGGUCUGAGCAUCCAAGUUUCGAGAUCUGUGUGCUCCUGUUGUCUUCUACUCUCAGCCAAGUUUCAUGUCUGAUCUCGACGUCCAAAUUCCUACCGCUUUUGAUCCCUUUGCCGAGGCAAAUGCUGAUAACUCUGGUGCUGGGUCAAAAGAUUACGUGCACAUCCGUAUACAACAAAGGAAUGGUAGGAAAAGCCUGACAACUGUGCAGGGGUUGAAGAAAGAAUUCAGCUAUAACAAGAUACUGAAGGAUCUUAAGAAAGAGUUCUGCUGCAAUGGUACUGUCGUUCAGGAUCCUGAAUUAGGCCAGGUUAUUCAACUUCAGGGUGACCAGCGGAAGAACGUUUCUACAUUUCUUGUCCAGGCUGGAAUUGUGAAGAAAGAGCACAUCAAAAUUCAUGGUUUCUGAUUGCUCUCAUCAGCCUCAGCUGCACAGUUAUCAUACUUGUUAUGUCAAUGCCAGAGAUAGGCUAUCCAAACUCAGUUCUACUAAAACUUACUAGUGUUUAAUUUCUGCUGGUUUGAUAUAAACACUGUAUUUGCUUCUCUAUGUUCCGUCUGAAUAUGAAUCGUGUUAUAUUUUCGAGCACUUUACGAACCAAUGAUGAUAUUAUUGAGUGCUCAA